UUCCAACAUGGCGCUGCAACCGAAGGAGGUGCUGGCCAUGGAUAGCCAGGCCGAGUGCAGCUUCAUCCGCUUCUUCCAGGCCAUGCCGCCGAAGCCGCUCACCACCGUGCGCAUCUUCGACCGGGGCGAUUACUACACCGCGCACGGCGAUGACGCGCUGUUGGCCGCCCGGGAGGUGUUCAAGACCCAGGCGGUCAUCAAAUAUAUCGGGGUGACCGGUACUAAGAAACUGGAAAGUGUUGUGCUUAGUAAAAUGAAUUUUGAAUCUUUUGCGAAAGACCUCCUCUUGGUUCGUCAGUAUAGAGUUGAAGUUUAUAAGAAUAAAGCUGGGAAUAAGGCCACCAAGGAGAAUGACUGGCAUGUGGCAUUCAAGGCUUCACCAGGCAAUCUUUCCCAAUUUGAAGAAGUUCUCUUUGGCAGCAGUGAUAUGUCAUGUUCCAUUGGUGGUGUAGGUGUUAAGUUGUCCAUUGUUGAUGGCCAAAGAUUAGUUGGAGUUGGGUAUGUUGACUCCAUACAGAGGAAGCUAGGACUGUGUGAGUUUCCAGAUAAUGACCAGUUCUCCAAUCUGGAAGCUCUGCUGAUUCAGAUUGGCCCAAAGGAAUGUGUGUUACCAGGAGGUGAAACUGCUGGGGACAUGGGAAAACUGAGACAGGUUAUUGAGAGAGGAGGGAUUCUGAUCACAGAGAGGAAGAAAACUGACUUUGCAGCAAAAGAUAUUGUUCAGGACCUCAACCGUUUGUUGAAAAGCAGAAAGGGAGACCAAGUGAAUAGUGCUGUAUUGCCUGAGAUGGAGAAUCAGGUCGCAAUUUCGUCAUUAUCAGCUGUGAUUAAGUAUUUAGAACUUUUAUCAGAUGAUACAAACUUUGGACAAUUUGAACUGACUACCUUUGACCUCAACCAGUAUAUGAAGCUGGAUAAUGCAGCUGUCAGAGCUCUUAACCUUUUUCAGGGCUCUGCUGAAGACAAAAGUGGUACUCAGUCUCUUGCUGCGUUGCUGAAUAAGUGCAAAACCCCUCAAGGCCAGAGACUGCUUAAUCAAUGGAUUAAGCAGCCACUACUGGAUAAGAACCGGAUAGAGGAAAGGUUAAAUUUAGUGGAGGUCUUUGUAGUAGAUGCUGAGCUGAGACAGAGUUUACAAGAAGACUUACUUCGUCGUUUCCCAGAUCUUAACCGAUUUGCCAAAAAGUUUCAGAGACAUGCAGCCAGUUUACAAGAUUGUUACCGAAUUUAUCAAGCCAUAAACCACCUUCCUAAUGUUAUAGAAGCACUGGAAAAACACGAAGGAGCACACCAAUCAUUGUUAUUGGCAGUCUUCGUAACUCCUUUGACUGAUCUACAUUCUGAUUUCUCCAAGUUUCAGGAAAUGAUAGAAACAACCUUAGAUAUGAAUCAGGUGGAAAACCAUGAAUUUCUUGUGAAGGCAUCCUUUGAUCCUCACCUGAUGGAGUUAAGAGAGUCAAUUACUAAUCUAGAAAAGAAGAUGCAGGCGUCUUUAACAAAUGCAGCAAGAGAGCUAGGCUUAGAAGCUGGUAAACACAUUAAACUGGACUCCAAUGCACAGCUGGGAUAUUACUUCCGAGUAACCUGCAAGGAAGAAAAAGUCCUUCGUAGCAAUAAAAACUUUAACACGUUAGAUGUCCAGAAGAAUGGUGUUAAGUUUACCAACAGCAAAUUGGCUGCCUACAAUGAUGAGUACCUCAAAAUUAGAGAUGAGUAUGAGGAAGCCCAGGAUGCCAUUGUUAAAGAAAUUGUCAACAUUUCUUCCGGCUAUGUAGAACCAAUGCAGACACUGAAUGAUGUAUUAGCUCAACUAGAUGCAGUUGUCAGUUUUGCUCAUGUAUCAAAUGGCGCACCUGUUCCAUACGUACGUCCAGUCAUUUUGGAAAAGGGACAAGGAAAAAUCAUUUUGAAAGGUUCCAGACAUGCUUGUGUUGAAGUUCAAGAUGAAGUUGCAUUUAUUCCCAAUGACAUUUACUUUGAGAAAAAUAAGCAGAUGUUCCACAUUAUUACUGGCCCCAAUAUGGGAGGUAAAUCAACAUAUAUUCGUCAAACUGGAGUAAUAGUUCUGAUGGCUCAAAUUGGCUGUUUUGUACCAUGUGACUCAGCAGAAGUGUCCAUUGUGGACUGUAUCUUGGCUCGAGUUGGAGCAGGGGAUUGUCAGCUGAAAGGUGUGUCUACAUUCAUGGCAGAAAUGCUAGAGACAGCUUCUAUUCUCAGGUCUGCAACCAAAGAUUCCCUGAUAAUCAUCGAUGAGUUGGGAAGAGGAACUUCUACCUAUGAUGGAUUUGGGUUAGCCUGGGCUAUUUCGGAGUAUAUUGCUACAAAGAUAGGUGCCUUCUGUAUGUUUGCUACUCAUUUUCAUGAACUGACAGCAUUGGCUGACCAGUUGCCAACAGUGAAUAAUCUGCACGUUUCAGCAUUAACUACUGAUGAGACAUUAACUAUGCUAUAUCAAGUGAAGAAAGGUGUCUGUGAUCAGAGUUUUGGGAUUCAUGUUGCGGAGCUUGCUAAUUUUCCUAAGCAUGUAAUAGAGAAUGCCAAACAAAAGGCUCUGGAACUAGAGGAAUUCCAGCAUUUUGGAAAACCUCAAGAAUCUGAUGAAGCAGAACCAGCAGCCAAGAGAUGCUACCACGAGAGAGAGCAAGGUGAAAAAAUAAUUCAGGCAUUUCUGGCCAAGGUAAAGGAAUUGCCUUUUGCAGAAAUGUCUGAGGAAGGCAUCAGAACCAAAUUAAAACAACUGAAGGCUGAAGUGGUAUCACAAAAUAACAGUUUUGUUAAUGAAAUACUUUCACGGUUAAAAGUUACUCCAUGAAAAAUUCCAUAGUGGAAUGAAUAAGUUUUGUAGAUUUUUUUUUAAUUGUAGAAAGUCCCCACUGUCUUAUGUUAAUGCUUUUGUAAGGUUUUAUACUUUUCCCUUGGUGUUUAGAAAUGGAUGCACACAGAUUACUGAAUAAAACUUUACUAAUGUUUCUUUAAAUUAUUUGUGUAGACACCUAUUUUGAAAAAUCCAGGUUUUAUAGAGGAAUUAGUUAGGACUGGAAGGCGAUUCAUAUAGUCCAACCUCUUCUUUACAAAGAAGAAGGUAGGUAAGAUUAAGUGCACAGAACGUUGAAUUAUCCAAAUACAGGAAACACCACCCCUGCCUGCUCAAUGUGGAGAGAUACACUGCACCAAGCAUGUUGGCCUGGGGUCAGAGUGGGACAGUUAGCCCUCACAGAGAAACAUCCUAAAUGCAUUUCACGCAAUCAGGAAAAUGAUUUGACUGUGGAAUUCGGUUAAAAAUGGUGUUAAGGAUUUUUUGAAAUUAUUUUUGUUUUGGGCGGUAAAGUACAUGUGGUCCUGGGAAAAGCAUAUGAGGUUUGAAGAUUUGUAAGAAUUAUACUUUAGUACAAUAGACUUUUCUAAAAGACACAUUAUACAUAUUAAUAACCACAGAAGCACAGACAUGUGAACUUUCAGUGAUGUUUAUGCAGAGAGAUGAUAACUAGUCAGUCCUUUGAGUAGACACCAGGUGGUCAAUAUCUAAUCAGCCCCUGUCACAGAUGGCAGUUCCUCAGAAUUGAAGAAACUUAAAGAAACAAGUGGUGUACGGCCUUUAUUAACUUCGAGCAUAUUAAAGCUAAAAAUGACACCUAGAGAUGCUCUUAUAACUCCUCCAUUUUACAGAUGAGGAGAUAAAACCCAGAGGGGUUCAGAGAUGUGCCUAACGUCACAUGGUGAGUCCUUGGCAGAAUCAGCAUUCCAAACCCAGGUCUUCCAGCUCUCAGUCCGGUGUUCUUUCCAUUACUGCUGCUUGACGUGGCUUAUUUUCUGCUCAAAUCUAAACAUUGGCUAAUCAUUUGACGGCAGGCAAGAGUAAGAAGAACCAAGUGAGUAAACUUCCUAUACUUCCACUACCAGUUUUCCAGGUUUUACAAACUUAAAUGAAGUUGACAAGUAGACACAUACAAAAAACCCCUACUGCCUGCCUUCUGCCAGCCUUAACUAACUUUUCCAGAGCAGAGACUGUUUUGCUACUUAAGAGCAAUAUUGGCUGAAGAUUUAGAGGUAGGCUGAAAUUUAUGACCAUAAUGGGAUUUGUUUGAUUGAUGGAUUUUCUAUGGACUUGAUUUUCCAUAUUCCAUAUUCCAUAGUACUAACUAUGAAUGAUGCUAACAUUGAUUUUACUAUCUGGAUAGUGCAAGCUAUAUAACUGGGGAAUAGGGCAGACUUGUAAAUAAUGUAUUUUUUAAAAAAUUUUGGAAAAAUUGUACUUCUGAAAGGCAGAGUUGACUGAUCAGUGUACAUGUAAAAGGCGAUGAGGACUUUGAGUUUAACAUUCUAUUUAAAUAGUCUGUCUCUUGGUAGUGACAAAAGGAGUGUUGUUUAGAUCACUCUGAGUGAAAACAUGGUUAAAAUUAAAAUUAUCUUGCAGUUUUAAUUGCUGGUGCUCAAAAAAAUGUGGUGCUUUGAUUCCAAGGACAAAAUUUGCAAUGCAGCAAGCUCUGGUAAAUCAACCUGCUUUCAGUUGUAUAAAGAAGAUUUAGUGUCUAGUUUCAUUUGAAAAUGAAAAGGCACAUAAUAGACCUGCUUAAAACCUUUCAGAGACCCAAGCUUUAUUUAUUUUGUGAAUAUGCUAAUGAGUCAACUCAGACCUUCAAUUAUAAUGGGUACUUUAUAUUGGAAUCACAUAUGUAAAACUGAAGAUUUACCAAUUUGUGACCUUGUCAUGGACAGCUUGUGUUUUAUUUUAAUUGUAAUGUACUUCAGGCUCCCCCCAGCACCAUCUGCAAUAACAACAGAAUGGUACCCAAAAUACAGAUGUUACUCAAGAUUCAGGACCAAACUGUGCUGUUAUUACCAAGAAAGCUAGGGAUCAUUUACCAUAAUCGUUGAGAAAAGACUUUUUUUGCUCAUUCACACUACGGUGUUUUCAGAAACUUGGCUCUGAGAUUCCAUUAGAGAUGCAAUAUCUUUUUGUAAUUGGUGUUCUCUGCUGUUCUCUCCCUUUCUUUCCUUAAAGAUGCUAUUUAGAGAGAAAAUAUCUUUGGGGUAAAAGAGACCUUUGUUACAAAACACAUUUACAAGAAUCGUGUUUUGAGGUACACUAUGUAUUUAUUUGGGGACAAUUUUUUCUUGUUAUCUCAGAGUUUUAUGUAUAUUAAAGGCACCUUGGGAGGCCUCUUGAGUAUUAAAUGCAUUUUAUGUUCAUGGUCUUUCUGCAUUUAACCUUUUUGUGAAAUGGCUUUUGUCUAUAAAUUGUGUUUCUUUGCUGAUUCAGGAA